GUUUUCCCUCCUUAGUAACGCCUUGACAUUUAGGUUUUGCUUGUAAAAAAAACUGUCAAACGUGUAUGAUUUUGUAGUAUGGAAAUAUAUAGGCAAUUUAAACAGAAUGGGUAUUUCACAGCGGAUCUCUAUCAUUUAUUGUUUAAGAAGAAGAUUGUGGACACACAGGAAGUGAUAAUCCCGUCCGAAUAUGCAGAGGAAAUGAAACUCAGUACCCAGGAACGAUUGCAAACCCUUCACAAAGUAGAAGUGGACAACAUAGUCACCGUGGGUGCUAAACACAACCCAGCCAGUGUAGUCUUAGAGUUCACGCCGAAGCUCCUCGUAUUUCAGAACUUUAAACCAAAUGAGAAAGUCACUGCGAGGUUUUCCGUUAAGAAUAUUAGCAAGGCAACCACACACCUGACCAUGAUAUACAAGGAGUGUUCGUUGAUCUCCGUGAAGCUGGCAAGCGGGCAGCUGCUGUCGCGGCUGGCGCCCGGCAUCAGCAUGACCUUCCAAGUCGUCUUCCGACCCGACACGCUCACCGACUUUGUGCAUAAGGUCACAUUUACCACCGAAAACGACCAGUAUGUCUUGCCUAUUUUUGCUAUGGGUCCUAGGCCUGUGUUUGACUUCCCUGAUGAGAUUAGCAUACCAGCAGCGCCGUUAAAAGUCGAAAAUCAUAUCACUGUGUUGGUGCAAAAUAUUGGUUUGACGUCAGCUGGCUUCAAGUUGGACACGAAAUGUCCAUUUUCUGUUCAACCGAAAUCAGCCUAUUUAAACCCAAACGAAAUAGUUGGAAUAAAAGCAAUUGUUAAAACAAUGCGCCAAGGACACAUAGAAGGCUCGUUGUUCGUAUUGUUUGAAACCGGCGAAAUAUUUAAAAUAAGACUUAUCGGGUCAACAUUUCUGGUGAGCGUUCAGCUUGAGAAGCAGGUGGUCAGGUUUUUGGAAACAUACAACACGAUGGUGCGGCAGCAAACCUUCAAGAUUACCAACAAAUCUGAACACCUGCUCACCUACAUGUGCAUGAAAAAUGAAGAUGUCAUACACGAUUUUGACGAGAAAGUGAAACUAGCACAUAUACUUUACGAAUUUAAAAGAAGCGAAUCAGCGAAGUGCCAAAAACUCGUGUACUACGAUGUUCUAAAUAGUGACGAACACGACCGUGUGUAUACUCGGAUAUUCUUUGACCAGAUACAUUCUCUCGUAGCAGAUGAAUCGUUACAUUUCCAGGAUACCCAUUUUUCUAUUACACCCAUUAAAGGAAAAAUAUGGCCAAAUAAGUCGACAGAACUGACGAUAACUUUCUACCCCCAUGCAAUAGGCGAGUUUAAAGCUGUGGCCUAUUUGGACAUAGACGGCACACCGGACCGCAUGCCGCUUUCUAUGGUCGGGACGUCUCUGCCUCCGGAUAUUGUUCUCAAUUUGGAAACCUUGGACAUGGAUCGUGUUUAUAUAAAUAAGAAGUACAAUUUCGAAGUAAUUGCGAUAAAUAAAGGUCACAUAAACGGUGUGAUAGUAUACCAGGACACGCCGACACUGUUCGGCAGCCACGUGACGUGCUCGCCCGCACUGCGCUGCCUGCGUCCCGGCGAGCGGGACAUCUUCGUCAUCUCCUUCAGCAACUCCAACCAGGGACCGUACUUUGAGGAAGUCAACUUCCUCAUACGUGACACUGAGGUGGUGUUGAAAUUAUACUUGAAGGGAGAAGUGAUAUACCCUUCGGUAAGGUUUAGUAUACCAUGUUUGGACUUUGGGACUGUCAGCCUUGGAGUACCGACAACCUUAGAAUUUGAUGUUAUAAAUGAUUCAAUUGUGGAUUUGAGUGCAUCAGUAAAAAUUUCAUCUGAUGGUCCGGAAGUGAGCAGUAUCUUGUUGGUUGACUACGCUUUGGCGGAAAUGCCAAAGCCGGAAAUUCCUCAAUGGCCGAGAGAAUUUGACAUACACCCAGCAAAAAUUUAUUUGGGGCCUGAAGCCACAUUAUCUCUGAGAGUUACAUUAACUGCAAAUUUGAUAAGAGCCAAUCAGACAUCUCUCGAAUUGGAGCUAGAGAAAUCAGACAGUCCUCCAAUUAUUUUACCGGUGACUUUCGACGCCAGAGUUCCCGAGAUCAUUCCCGCGCCAGACAUCAACCUGCGAGCGUGUUUCUUAGAUUUUCCUUAUCAAUAUGAAAUACAAGUUCAAGCGAACGAGAUAAAAGGAUACUACACUCUUUUAGAUCAGGAAGAAGAGACGACGUUACAGGUUAUAGUCGGUAAUAAAGAAGGAUUUAUAGAGCCUCAUAGUAUUAUUACCUUUCCAGUUACUAUAAGAACAUGCGCUCUUGGCGUUCAAGAGUAUAUGAUCAGGAUAAAUGUGUUCGGAUUGUCAAAGCCCGUGGACAUAUGCCACGUGUUAGAGUGCGGAAUCCGGCCGAUCGUCACCUGCACUCCUCUGGCUCUGCACUGGGGCCAGGUGAAGUUGCUCAGCAGAACGCGGAAGACUUUAACUCUGACUAAUGAUUCGCCGGUCGUCGUGCAUUUCAGAGCCUCGGUGUUAAACCGUGACGGCAAAUGGCAGAUCCAGCCCAGCGAGGGACAGAUCGACCCCGAGAGCGACACAGAUUUAUGUCUUACGCUUUAUCUGGUCGAUGCUGACACGUACGUCAACAAGGCUGUGGUUCAGUUGGAAAAAGUUAAGGAAAUUCUUAUCCCCCUGUCAGCCACUGGAGUGGGAACAAGCAUUGUAGUUGGUGAGCUACGAGAUCGAGUAAUUCUUGGGCGACAUUUUACGAAUUUUCCACUCAAUUUUAAGGUAGACAUGGAAAAUAAAGGAACGCGAAUACAUGCUUUAGAAUGGAGCGAACAUUACAAAGCACCCAAGACGCAACCGCGAACUGCUGGAUUUUUUAAUCUGGAACCUCGAGUUUUCAAAAUAGCAGCUGGAGAAAAAAUGGAAUUGACAAUAACCGGCGUUUCUCAUAAAGUAACGUCUGUUAAGGAAGUGUGGUACUUAGUAGGUAGCGUGGAGGGCAUAAACAAAAAAGAACUUUUAUUGGAGUGUGAAAUUAUUGCCGAAUUUGUGGAUCCAAAAAUAGAGGUGUCGACAUCACUCUUAGAAUUUCAAUAUGAUUUUGGACCAUACAGCGAUUACUAUAAAUUAACUGAAAUAGUAACAAUUAAAAAUGUGUCUAAAUUACCUUUGGAUAUAGAUAUAAAUGUUAAAUCUCCCUUUGUAAUUAUCAAAAAGAAGAAUACGUAUAAGGUUGCGCAGGAGGAUGCAGACAUGUGUGCCUGCAUCUGUUAUCGAGAGAGUGAUUUAGAUGUAGCCAAUAUCCUCAAAGUUGGAGCCAAGGAGUCAAAAAUAUACAUAGACUAUUUAACACUAAAGCCAGUAGAACCAUUAAGAAAGGGCGCGCUGAACUUCUUUCAAGAUAUAAAUAAAAUUAAAAUGGCAUUUAAUUUAACCCAAAAUGUUGAAGAGCGUCUAGAAGAUCAAGAAAUUAUGAAGUUACAGAUUUUGUUUGAUACUACAAAACACAUGAAUUUGAAAUCUAGAAUCUAUACUGAUUCCAUGAGAAUUCAAUUUAAAGGGCAUAAAAAUAAGGACUCUGUUAAAAUAAUUGGAAGAAUAAAUUUUCCUAAUAUAUUAGUUACCACGCCACGGAUAGACUUUCAAUGUAUUGUAAAUAGCAGCAUCGAGAGUAAAACAAUACAACUUCAAAACCUUACACCGCUGCUGGUUUGCUUCAGAUUCCAAUGGAAAAAGUGUGUCAUUAGUAGUAAUGUCAUGGUAAGAUAUUUUGAUGGCGUGGCGCGGCCGGCCUCUAACGUGCGUCCCACGAGUAAGGGCAACAUCCGCUCGGUGUACCCCUUACAUUCCAUUAAAGUGUCAAAAGGGCCUCUACGUAUUGGCUUCGGCUCCGCGCACGCCUCCCAAAGGUCCGGAAAACCAUUUUUCCGUGAUGGGAAAGACUUUUACAAUGUUUGUUUUUUUCAAGAGCAGCCUGAAAUACCUGAAGUGCAGUUACCGCCGUGUAAAGAUGGCGAUAUCAAUACUUCAUCAUAUUAUGACACAGAUACGGGGUUUACAAAACCAGGAGAUAAACUAAAAGAGAUCAUGGGUGCGGGAUAUCGCACUCCAUUUCACUCUCCAAUUAGUCUAAAUAAUACAUCGGAAAAAAACGACCAAAAGGCAGAUGCUUUAACAUCAAACAUUCCGGCCAGUGAGGACAGUGCUGUUAUUCCUGUAUCCAGAGAUGUGAAUAUAACUAGAACCAAAAUAAUUCGAAAAAUCGCUCCAAUGAUACCUUUUCAAUACGAUAUGAAAUUUCCUUGGAUUUGGAAAUUCCGUAAAUUAGAACAUGGCAAUAAAAUAGACACAAACCAAUUGCUAAGAGUCGCGCCAUUUAAAGGACUCAUGAAACCCAAUGAUUGUCAAAAUAUUCACAUCAUUUUUAUUCCUAGUUGGAAUAUAAAUGUUAAAGCUGUACUGGAAUGCGAAGUGUUAGGAGGACCAUCGGAGUUUAUUAGCGUCACAGGCCAAACUUCAGAGAUAAAAUACAAUAUCAAUACUCAGAAGUUGAAUUUCAAAAUCCGAUCUUUCCAUGACAAUGAAACUGAGUUAUUGAUUUUAACUAAUACCGCACGAUUGGUAUUUGAAUAUAAGACGUAUUUAAAUGAACCAAAGUUCGAGACAGAGUUAAACGGCACUAUACUCGAUUUGUUGCCUUCAGAAAGCACCUUACAGUCCGAGGAGAAGAUAGAGAUAAAGGUUGUCGUACGACCUGGUGUGCUCGGUUACUUUCAUAGUGUGUUUUUGUUGGAGAUAGGGCAUCUACCACACAUCCCCAUUGAAGUGUUUGGCUGGGGGGUAAUUCCUCAGGUGUAUCUUUCAUUACCGAGGCCAGAAAUUGUGAAUCUAAAACCUGAAACAGGUUAUUUGGCCAUUCCAACUUUGACUGAGGAAUACUUAAGUGCUAUAAGCGAAAUAUUCAGUUUCGCUCACAAAGAUCACGUAAAUACACCUAUGACGGAAGGCUGUUUUAACGACCCUGAUUUGCAACGCGGUUGGCACAUUUGCUCGGAUUGGGAUGGUUAUCCUUCGAAUAUGGAUAUUGACUUAGCAAUUGAGAGAAUGCUGGUGAUCGAGCACAUUAAAUUGCGCCCAGAAAUUUUAGUAGCAUAUUCCACAAAAACAAAGAUAGAUCCUAUCGCUGGAUUUCUAACAACACCGUACGUCGUCGAUUUCGGAGUUGUUAUUAUGGAUACCACGGUUCAAUGCGUAGUAGAAGUGAUCAACUACGGCCCAAUAGACACGAAGCUGCAUUUAGCCAAACCGAUAAACUGGCCAAGUUGGCUAGGGUUGAAGUUGUGCGGCAAGCUGAAACCGGGCGAGAGUGGUAAAAUGGAAGUCACUUUAUCACCCAACUUAGAAGAUUUCUAUGAAUUGGAACAAUAUGUUGAAAAUACUUUCAAAGUAGAGGUACCUUAUGGAAUCACAAUUCCCGUUAAAGUGAAAGCACUUUGUGCCGUCCCUUACUUGGCAUCAAACGUCGAGGCCAUAGAUUUUGGGUCAGUAAGAUGUGGUGACAAAAUAAUUAACACAAUAUCUUUAAAGAAUGUGGGCAAACCAACAUGUAUCUGGUACGUCACAUUGAAACUUAAAGUUCAAAGACAUAAUCCUAUGACGGUGCUGGAUAAUUCUGGAAAAUUUGAACCCGGUGAGGGUGGAUGGCUUCGCAUAGCUUUUAAGCCAGUGACGGAAAUGGUAUACGAAGGCGUGUUAUUAUUUCGGUUCCACAUGAAUCCCAGGAAAAUGGCAAUACCAGUAAGAGGGGUUGGCAUAAUACCUCAAGUUCAUGUCAUCGGAGGCAAGGUUGCUUUUCCUCCAACGCUGCCGUGGGCAGAAACAACUGACAACUACUUCGGCUUCACUAACCCCUGCCCGUUUCCUAUAGAACUUAUAUUCGCACAUAGUGAUCAAAUCUGGACUGUAGAGGAAGAAAUUUAUCAAUUGUUGUAUAAAUACUACAACAAACCGGAAGAAAUGCUUGUUCCUGCAAUAACGCCUGGCGCUGGCAUGCACAAAGAAAUAGACGACUUCUAUAGUAAUUUUAAAUAUCGCGUUAAAAUGCAAAUGGAGGCGGAAGCAACUAGAGCCGCUAGAGGAAAAGCAGCAGCUACUACGACUAAGAAGCCCCCUAAAACGCCCAAAACAGGAAAAUAUAACAUAUCACCCAAAACGGCCACAGAAAUUGUACAAAGAAAAUUUAGAUCGGAAGCCGAAAUUAUAGCAGACGAAAUAAAAGCAUUAAAAGAUCAAGGCAGAGAUCCACUUAAAGAAUGCUUGGAAGCAUUUGAUCAUCACAUUCCUAGUAAGGAAAGCGAAGUACAAUCCAAAGGACUCAUUGUUUUUGUUCAUGGUACUCCGGGUGAAGAAGUACAAUCACAAGAAAUGGCAUAUACGAUUGGUAUGAGAUUAGGCAUACCGACAGUUAACAUUGAUUUGUGUAUGGUAGAAGCAUUAUGCUUUAUUGAUACUGAAGCCAGAACAAUAAUUAAGAGUGCUAUGGACGAAGCAUAUGAAAUAUACAAAAAAAGUAUCUCAAGAGAUGAUGAAGUAGAAAACGAACAUGCUGGAGGUGGUGAAUCGGAAGAUGAAUUUGAAGUGAUGUUAACAAAGUUAAAAGCCUUAGGGAACAGUAAAAACAUUACUACACCUCGGUCAAAGGCUGGUGAUAAAAAAAAGAAAGAGAGCAAUAUAGUGGAAGCAAUGGGAUCUACGACGAUGUUUCAACAGGAAUUAACACAAGAGCUACUGGCAGACUUCUUUGCUCAGCCGAAAUUCCAUCGCGGGUUUGUCAUAGACUCAUUAACGAGUUUUACAUUCAACCAGCCAGCUAUAGCGCUUACAACAAUUAUUAAAAGCAAGCACUGCAUACAGAACAUACACUUGGUACUCUGUCAAUCAGAAUUUAGCAAUUGGGCGCAAUCAUAUGAAGAAGCUCAACGUGAAAAUGAAUUGGUAGAUGAACCAGUGGAAAAAGUAUAUGAGGAGGAGGAAAUAGUAGAGAUCGUAAAAGAAAUUGAUGAAAUGGAUGGCGAGGAUUUUGAAAACUUAAGUCCGGAAUUUAGAUCUCUGUAUGUCAGCCAUGGUUUGGAAACAAGAAGGAAAAAGUUUUUGGAGAAGACUGGGUUUGCCAGACAGGAAAAUAAAACAGACGGCAGUGCUAAAGAGUCGGCACUUCUCGUAAAAAGUUCAGUUGAACAGAAAAAGACAAAAAAAGAUGAAAAGGCUUGGAAAAAUACAAGCGAGUACAUGGGAAUGCUUGGGAAAUACAACGAGUAUUACAAAUGUACAUAUGAUAGCUUAGUUACUAUUGCCAACAAUUGGUCAUUCGAAGAAGGUGCCGUUGGAUUCCCAUUGUACGGUUUAAACGGUCAAAUAUUGGGUGUGCAGAAAAAAACAAAGACCAAGUCAGAAACACAUGUACUGUCUACCGAUGAGAACGAAGCUCAAAGAGGAUUUCCAUUAACUCUGAUAAAAUGUCCCUGUCUACAUUACAAAGAAGCAUUGGUGAACAUGUUUAUGAAUACUCCUGUGAUUCGUGAAGCAUUGAAAGAAGGGAAUAGAGAUGACGAAGACAUUCUUCAAUGUUUGAUGAAAAGGAAAGAAUUUACAGUACUGCUACCAAAAACAAUGCCGUACAUUCAUCAUGAACUGCCCCUAAAGUGGUGCUUUUUGGAUGAAUUACCGGUCAAGAAAUGUGAAUGUAAUCAAAUUACUGACUUAAAUCUUUUAGAUGAUACGACUCAAGAUAAUGUUAUAAAUGUCUUGUCAAAAUGGCACUGUAUUUGUGGUAAAAAGGUGACAUCAUCUUCGACUUCGACUAGUCCAAUUCCUGCUCCGGUUGCGAUUCUUGAAAACUUAACUAUGGAAAAAAGUGAAGAGUCAUACUACCCUAGCCCACUGCCAUUGCAUAGCUUGAAAACUGUUCCAGCUUCCGCUAAACGCAUAGUAUUGGAGCCAGGUGAUCUGGUGCGGUGCAAGUACUCCUUCAGCCCACAAUGGGAAGGCCACUUCAGUGUGAAGCGGUUCGUGGAGGUCAGCGGGUGGCCGGAGUCGAGGGUUGAUAUUCACGUUACUGGCAUUUGCGACUUGCCGAGAAUAGACAGCAGACCCAAGAAAAUGUUUGCAAAUUUUGUUAGAAGAGCAAACUUUGAAGACAACGUAUAUAAAAUCACCUAUUUAGAUGACCUUGCUUUAUUUGAGUUCGGACCAAUUUUUGUUGGACAAAACAGAAUAUAUGAAGAAGAAUACACAAUAGAUUUAAAGAAUUCUUCAUUGAUCACUGCGGACAUUGAUAUUGAAUUUGCUGAACAGACCAACGUUUUCGAUCUGGACAAAACUUUUAUAAGUCUCGAACCCGGCUGCCGCGGAAAGCUAACGGUCACAGCAGCUCCGUCGGAGAUGGGUGUUCAUCGGAGCGUGCUGCUCUUCUGUGUGAAGGACAACCCUGAGAUCGUCACCGUGCUCAUCCAGUGCAGCGGCGUCGUGCCCAUCUUGGAAAUAUUGCCGUUGACUAAGAAUAUUGAUUACGGGAAGCUUUUAUUAUAUCGGCGAGAAGAUGAUAGAUUUAUUGUUAAAAAUGACUCAAUUUUGCCAAUAAUGUGGAAAGUGCGAAAUGCUGAAGAGUUCGCAGAAGACUUCAUAAUUUCUCACACAUCAGGGAUCGUGCCCAGAUAUGACAACCAAGUUGUUCCAGUAAUUUACAUCGCGUGUAGAGUCGGUGUUAUUUUACAGAAGAUAUUGAUCAUAGACAUAUACGACGCUGAGGGACGAGGCCACCCCAUGGUGGUUGACCAGUUGCAACUAUCGGCGGAAUGUUACGACGUCAUGGUCGAGUGCGCCUACGAGAACCCGGUCGACACCUGCCUCGACUACGGCAACGUCAAAGUUAACUCCACCUACUGGAAAACGAUGUUUUUACUCAAUCGCGGCAAAUAUAACAUUUACUACAAGUUGAAGAAAGUGAAGAAUUUCCCAGAGCCGUCUCUGCUAAGAUCCUUCGAGGUGGUCCAAGAAUGCGGGGUCAUCCCCGUGAACAUGAAGUUAGUGGCCAUCGAGUUCACGUGCACACCCACAACAUCCAUGAACCUGGUGAACGUGCCGAUCUACACGUGCUCGUUGCUCGACGGCUCUAAGAAACAAGUCGUGGUUGCCAAGUUUCCUGUUUGCAUUAAUCUUGCAUCUUUCUAUAAUACAUUUACUCUUUUUCCACUGGGCGAGCUCAAUUUCAAUAUUAUCCCUAUUGGCACUGCUAUUAUGAAGGAAGUGAUAUUGAAUAACACUAGUAAAUGUCCAGUUACUUAUGAGAUUGUGCUGCCAGAGCAGUACCAAAUAAGUGCAAGUGCUGCCGAUGUGAAGGUGAAAGAUAACAAGCUUAAAACCCCGCCAAUGAAAUGCGGCAACUUUUUAAUAUUGAAUGAAGAUAACUUGAUGGCCCCUGGAACUAGUCGCACAAUUCAAAUGCAGUUUUACGCCAGCGGGCCGGGGAUGUUCAGAGAAACCAUUAAAUUUAUAAUAAGUGAUACGUGCCCAGCUGAGGCUUGCGGAGUGCCACUAAGACUUGUCGGAAUUGGAGCCGUGCCAACUUUAGAUUUUUGGAACACUGAAAACACGUUCCGAGAACAUUUAAUUGUAAAAAGCCUGUCGGAUUAUAAAGUACCAGAGACGUCUCCGCAUUGCGUUUUUGUGGAAAAUUCAGUCACUCUUCACUUUUUCUGUGUGAACGUGAAUACAACGUUCACGGCAGCGAUCGACCUUUACAACAAUGGAUUGGUGGCCUGUGCGCUUUCCAUGAACCUCCUCACAGAACUCAAUGCCGAGGGAGACAUCUUCUCUUUGGAUAAAUAUGAGACACACAUAGAACCUUUACAACACAAAUGUUUGCGAAUCAUGUUUAGUCCUAAAGCUUUAAAGGAGUAUCGAGCCAUUUUAGGUAUCAAGUUGAAUCUCCUUAACAACCAGCAACAGUCAUUUAGGGUGUGCCUGAUCGGAGAAGGCGUCGUCCCUCGUAUAAAAAUGGUUUGGCCUCCGAUGAGACAGUACAAAUGCUCGCUACUCCAAAUGCCCGUUACUUGCUUGGGCUCCGUCAGCAGUCGCGAAAUUCGCUUUAAGAAUAUAUGUUCAGUAAAAAGCACUGUAAUAUUGAAAAUACAGUCAACAAUCGAAGAGAGGAAUGUAUUUCGGUUGUCAGCGGCUGUCAUGUCGGAAAAUAAUGUUAUUAAAGGUCGAAACGAUAUGAGAAUUAAGUUAAGAUUGAAUCCCGCUGAAUUAGCAGGCGUUGUUGUUCAUUACAACCCCGUCAAAAAAGGGAGGACAAAUUGCGAAAUUCAACUAACCAUUGUUGACAACCCUUACGAGUAUUUUACGGUGUUUUGUGAAGCUGAAGGAUUUAUGGAAGACGUAAUACUGAUUGGACUUGAAAUGUUAUCAAUGGAUGUUGACUUGGGGGCACAGAAUGUUACAGAGUAUGUAUCUAGAGUAUGUUCAACUGUCUCGACCCUCGAUAGCAAAAAGAAAGCUACCAAGAAAAAAGACACUAAAUCCAGUGACACGAAAAAACCCAGGUCACUUUCCAGCUCCGUGACCAUUAGAAACGAGCCGGCUUGCCUAAAAUAUAUUUUAGACUUCGGAGGGUGUGAAUUGAGUUUCAUGCAAAAAAGAUCGAUCAUCAUGGUUAAUAACUCGGAUAAAGUUUAUAAAUUUAAAUGGGAAGAAGCCCACCACUUGUUUGUUAAACCAUCACUAGGAUACAUUUCACCGGCAGAAGAAAAGGACUUAGAAAUUGUGUUUUUCUCGAGUCAACCUGUCGCAGUGAAAAAGGUACUUAUGUUCUGUAAUUUAUCGGCUGUCAGUGACAAUUCCCUAACUCUGGACACCAUUAAGGGAUCCACAUGGGACAGCAGGCAAACGGUCACCACGUUUGACCAUAAUUGUGAAACGUCUGUAGCUGAAAGAGCUGAGCGAGUUAUACAAGAACAGGUUAUUGAACCUCAGGCACCGAUGGGAACUAUUAAAAUGAUAAUAAUGUAUUCUGUUACGACAGAAUAUACUAAAUAUACACACAAUUUGAACGAGAAAGUUUUACUAAAGGAUACGUUUAUAUACCAGACAAGAAAAUUUGAUUUUAAAGUGAAAAACAGUGGUAAAGUACCGAUGAAAAUUACGUGGAGUUUCCAAAUUGAUGAAGACUUCCCCACGACCAUCGACAAACACUUAAAUAAAAAGCAAGGUGAGGACAAUAAGAGGAGUGCGAAUGGUAAGGAAGCAGAUGCUUCUAAUACUAAAGACUCCAGCAAAGAGACUUUGUUUAGUGAAAGUUUGGAGAGAUGCAGUGUAGACACCUGGUUCGAAGUCAAUUUACCCUUCACAAUAGAACCAGCCAAGGAAUGCCUCGAGCCCUCUGAAAGUCGAGUUUUCACAGUUACGUUUUCACCUCUUGAUGCUUUCGAGUACAAAGUUUUACUGAAAAGUUCGAUUGAUAAUUUAGACCCAGAUGAUCAGAAUAUGUUCUGCAAAAUAGUAGCAAAGUCCCUGGUGCCAUAUUGCCACCUGGAUAUAGAAGAGAGCGACUACUUAAUAUCCGGAAGGAGAAAAGUGACAGGAGUUGCUUUGCCGCAACAAAUCACUGUUAUGGAAUUCAAUGUGCUGGGAUCAGGCUGCUAUAAAAAGUCAUUCAACGUUAUAAAUCCUACAAGCGAAGGAUAUGAGUUCAUAUUCGAAAUGGUGGUUGACAAGAUAGAGCUGAUACCUUUCCACUGCAAUACGAUGAAAGGAUACAUGGAAGGCGGUACCUCUUGUGAGGUUACUUUUACCUUCGCUCCCAGUGCUCCAGGGGUUUAUGAAUCUCAGUGGAAAUUUUCGAUAAACCAACACAAUAUAUCUAUCAACUUACUGGUGGUAGGCUUGGCCAGAGAACCCAACGUAGUGUUCGUUCCCACCAUUUUAAUAGUAAGGAACUCUUUAGUUGGGUUCAGUAUCACUGACACUGUGAUGUUGACGAAUAAUGAGAAUGAAAUGCUAAAAUUCGAGUUUAAAGGUAACUCGCUGUUGAAUGAGUCCGGUAAAACACCCGUGAUUAUGGAGCCGGAGAGUGGAAUACUGAAGCCUCGCUCGGCGACGCCGAUCAAAUUUAUUUACACCCCAGUUGUUGAUGGUCCCUUGUCAUUCAAGAUAUUUUGUGCCAUCACUUAUAUGACGAAGUAUUUGACGUUGUGCGUCAAUGCUCUAAGUCUCUCAAUAAGACCAAAAGUAACCUACUUUUUAAUCGGAAAUGAGCAUGUACUUGAUAGCAAAGCUAUAACAAAUAUACAUUUGGAUCAGACCGCCUCAACAUACACAAGAACGUUGACGUUUAUGAUAACGAACGAGGGUUCAUCGACGUUCUUCUACGAGUGGGGCUACAACAGCUCGGCGGUUAAAAAGUACCUGACUGUGACGGUUGAGCCGCGAACGGGGCACGUGGCCCCCGCGAGCCAAGCGGAGUGUACCCUCAGCUUUACUCUCAAGACUGUGCCGGUGCAAGCCUUUCCUGUGACGCUCUACAUUGUGGACGGACCGGAAUACAGUAUACUCCUCCACUCAGAAAUAGAAAAACCAAUGUACCAUUUCUCCUGCAAGGGUUUCGAUUUCGGAAAAUGCAUAAUAAACGCACCGGACAACACGUACAAGAAAAUCGUAACUUUUGUGAACGAUGACAAAGUUCCUAUUCUCCUUGCGUUGGAUUUUCAAACUCGGCCCGAGCUCCUCGUGGACUACAAGGCAGUGCCUGCUAUCCAGCCAAAGGAGCAGGUUAAAGUGAAAAUAUUCUUCCGACCGAAACAACAGAUGGAAUAUGAUUUCCCGAUAAAGUUCUGGGUUAAUUCGCUCUGCGAAGAAAUCAUUACUGUUAAAGGAGAAGGUGUAAAGUGCCUUUUCGAUUUAUACGAAGGGUGCGAAAAGAGUUUCGACAUGGGGCCAGUAAAAGUGGGCUCUAAGAUAGUUCGUCAGAUAGAGGUGAUGAAUCACAGCAAAGUGGCCAUAGACGCCAGUUUUAUAUUCAAGGAUAUGUACCCCGGAAUAGAGGACACGCUUCAGUCGGAGGCGACGAGCGUGUGUCUGGAUCCCGGUGAUUCUGGUCCGGUUAUGGACCUAGGACCUUCACGAAGUUACAUGGUGAAAAAUUACAACGACGACAAGAUCCGAAAUCAAAUCGCGAUGGACAUUCAAAAUGCACUGUCGUCGUUAAAGGUCAUCCCUAAAGAAUGCAAGAUACUGCCUUACAGAAAAAUCCCUUUGAAGAUUCAAUUUAAACCUGUUGGCAUGAUCAGCGAUUUGAACGUUCAGCUGAACAUGAGGGUGCUAAACAUCGAGCGGCCGCUAGUGCGGUUGAGCGGCAGCGCCACCGGCAUGAGCCUGUGUCUCAGCCAGGACUCGCUGCAGUUCGGCCGCGUGCGCAUCCGCGGAUGCAAGAUACUGAAGGUCAUGUUGCUGAAUAAAGGGGACUUCGGGGCCAGAUUUUGGUGGCAACCCUUGAUGUCCGACGAGUUUAUAAUUUCGCCGAUGCAAGGCCACAUCGCAGCACACACUAACGUGACCUACACGAUUACCUACAGGCCAAAAAGCCACAAUCCGUUUGUCAAAUUAUGGGCGAGCUGCAACAUCGAGAACUACAAGUCACAGGAGCUAGCCCUGUACGCCGCCUGCUUGGACGUGGGCGACGUGGCGGCCAAGACCUUGUACGUGGAGUGUCCCGUGCGGGAGGUCACAACUAGCUACAUGUCGGUUACGAACCCAACCGACGGGGUUUGGCUAGUGCUCUCCGAGUUGUCUCCCGGACCGUUUUCCACGUUAGCCCAGUGCCAGAUCGAACCUAACUCAGUUUUCGAUAUCCCGAUCUAUUUCAAGCCGAAAACUAUGGGAAAACACGAGAACCAAUUAUUAUACACUAAUUUGGGCGAGAACGCACUCUUCGUAAGUGUACUUGGCGUAGCGUGGCCGCCGAAUCCUAACGGACUAAUAACCUUCAAAGUGGCUGCCAAAGGCGUUCACACGGAGCUAUUGAAGGUUCAUCAUAUCACCGAGUCCCCAGAAUCAUACGUAGUGUCGACGGAGGUAGUGAAGGUGGUACCCGAUAAGUUCGACGCUUUCUACGAGAUCAAGCACCCGGAGACCGUAAAAGUGUGGGGUGAAACGUGCGCCACGUGCCGGUGGGACUACGCGUGUUAUGGCGAGUGCGAGAUGCACAUGAAAGUGGUGUUCGUAAACAAGGAGACGCGCGAGUACCAGUUCUAUGAGAUCGUGGCGACCGUCACCCCGAGCGAGAUCGUGGACACCCUGACGAUGACGUCACGGGCCCGCGAAACAGUCCAGCGGGAGAUAAUUGUGCGCAACCCGUUAGCCGCUCCGGUUACCUUCAUUGUGCGCUGCCAGCAACUGGACUGUCCCAGCACCAUUGAAGUAGGAAGACACUCACAGGCGCCACUCGUAAUGUCCUACUCGCCAUUAGUAGUAGGCGAAAGUGAGCAGUACUUGGAGAUUUCCAACGAUUACGUCGGAACAUACACGUACAAGAUGAAACUGAAGUGCUUGCCAGCCAAGGCAAAGGAGCUAGUGAUAGACACGCCGAUUGGCACGCGGGCCCCGCUGAGGCUUCGAGUACAGAACAGGAGUCCCGUCAAAGCGGUCUUCACAUGCGAAGUCACACAUCCAUCAAUCACGACUGAUAAGGAGUAUUUCCUGGGUCCGUUCGAAAAGGGCAAGUUCCUCGUGUACUUCGAGCCGACCGAAGUUGGCCUACAACAAUGCACAGUGUCGUUUGAUUCGCCGGACGCCGGAGAAUUCGUAUACCACAUAAAGGGAACGGCAAAAGUACCAAAGCCCCAGGGGCCCUUUGAAAUUAAGGCGGGUGGUUAUACAACGAUAACAUUCAAAAACGUAUUCAUGGACAGCAGAACGUUUAAGAUGUCAAGCGAUAAACAGGAAUUUUACGUUAAAAAUCCUGUCGAAAUGAUACAAUCUAAAAAGGAUACGAAGGUGUUGGUGUACCUGAACGACAAGUGGGUGGGCGGCACGCCGACCGGCUGCCUCACCAUCGAGAGCCUCGAGCCGCCGGAGCCGCGCGCUCACUGGACUUACUUCCUGCAAGGAAUCCCCUGACUUUUCUAUUAUUUAUUUACUUUCCUAUUGUCAUUAUUUCAUUAUAUUAUAAAUAUAUUUUAGCAC